UGCAGACAUUUUUUCCACCAAAAAGGAAUCUUAAUUAUUUAUUAAUUAGUGCAUCAACAACAACAUAGGUUGUUGGCACGCUACUGAAUCUAUGUAAUGGAUCUCCCCUUCUUUCAUUUCUUCAGCUGAACCCACCAACCAACCAUACACUUCUCUGAUACAACAACAUGACAAGGCCACAGAUUUAUCUUUUCGGCGAUUCAAUCACUGAGGAAUCCUUCCAUGUUGGAGGAUGGGGUGCUUCUCUUGCCAACCAUUUCUCUCGCACGGCUGAUGUGGUGCUCAGAGGGUAUAGUGGGUACAACACAAGGUGGGCACUGAAAGUCUUGGACAGGGUUUUCCCCGAGUCACAGGGCGGUAACGGUGGAACCAAAACUGCUCCUAUUGCUUUGACUGUCUUCUUUGGGGCUAAUGAUGCUUGUCUUCCCAAUAGAUGCUCUGCUUAUCAACAUGUACCUCUACAUGAAUACAAGGAGAACAUUCGCUCCACAGUCUCCUUCUUCAAGAAGCGAUGGCCGACAACUAAAGUCAUCCUUGUAACUCCUCCUCCCAUUGAUGAAGAUGCACGGCUUAGAUAUCCUUUUGAGAACAAUCCAGAGGGCCUUCCUGAAAGGACUAAUGAAGCUGCUGGUGAAUAUGCUAAAGCAUGCAUUGCUGUGGCCACUGAAUGUCACAUUCCUUUCAUUGAUCUCUGGACCAAAAUGCAACAGUUCCCUGACUGGAAAAAAGUUUAUCUAAGUGACGGUUUGCAUCUUACUAAUGGAGGGAAUCAACUUGUCUUUGAGGAAGUAAUCAGAACACUGAGAGAUGAAGGUUUGAGUCUAGAAUCUAUACCAAUUGAUCUCCCUCUUGUAUCUGAUAUUGACCCUAAUGACCCCUUGAAGGCAUUUCUAUAGUAACAGGAUGAUGUAGCAAAGGGGUAUAUAUCCCUUUUGGCAAAUUACUGGACUGUUGCAUUUCUUUGAAUGUAUUUGAUAUUUCAAUUUCAGUAUGAAUGAACCAGAUUGAAGUUUGAAUGGUUUGUAUAACGCUAGAUUUUCAGAUGCAUUUCAACCUCUCUGAAUCCAGUUAAAUAAAACCAUCUGGAAUUUCUUGAUAUAAGAAACUUGUACUAUAUGUGUACAUAUACACCCUUGAGUAGAAUGCAAAAUGCGGAUGAUAUCCGCAUUUUGCUUUGAAGUGUGUCCUCAUCUGGGUUGUGAUUAAAUGCAGUAAAUAAGAUGAGUACAUUAUGGA